AGAGUGAUAAGAGACGAGCCAACCUACAUCACGGAGCCCGUUCUCACAUGACAGGGAGUUCUGGUUUGGAGCAUCCUCCCGCGGGACAACGGAGAACUGUUUCGGAGUACCUACCUAAAGACGUCUUGCUCGAUGUCACUUAUGCCUACACUGUGCUUUAUCGCUUCCGCAGUACAGACGCGAAGGAGAUGCUCAAAAAGUAUGCUGAGGACCGCUAUCCCGUCGACAUUGCCAAGGAAAGGCGAAUUCGACGAUUGAGAAGAGACAAGGAGCAGCCUGAAAAGGACCAAAGACAAAUCGCUUUCUGGGACUGGGUUGAUGUAAUGCAAAUGAAGAUACAUGGCAUUCGACCCGAGGACAUUCAAGGGGAGGAAGAACGACGCAAGAGAGAGGCGGACGAGUUAGAUGCACAGAGAAUUGCUCGAUGGCAGAAGGGUGUUGAUGAGAGUUAUUGUGGCGAACACGACGUCAAUGAUGGACGUUCUGAGAUGGACGAAGGAGAAGUGAUACUGCACGCAUACGCCAGAGAUGACGAGGAUCCCCUCUACUCACUCAAGCCGCGCAAGUGGCUUCUCUAUGUAUCGACUCAUAUAUGCGGUAUUGAUGGGAGACUUCGUCUUCUUAAUAGCGGCGAGGAUCUUACCGGAGAGGAAAUGGAAGAGGAUGUCAUCCCGGGAGACCAUUAUGUUUUUUGUUUUGACGGAGAAGCAAAUUUCCUGGAUUGGUAUCUGAGGGGCUCUCGCAACGAUCGCAAGUCCUCUACCUCUACCCGGUCUCGUGUUAUACCAGAAGAUCUAAAGGAAUUCUACGGUGGUUGCCCGUUUACCCAGGAGCCGCCGGACCAAUGUGAUGUGUGCCACCUGAUACCGUUUGCAAAGGGCGACGACUAUCUUCACAGACUACUAGCAAGCCGUGGUGAUCCCAACAAUACCAUGACUAUCAAUGACUAUCAGAAUCAGAUAGUGACGGAUGUACGACUUCAUCGCGCUUUUGACAGGAAGAACAAUGCUUUCCUUAAGACACCGAACAGGUUCCUCAAGACCAGCGAGGUGCCAGGUGGAGAAAAUGAUCCCCCAGACAUUUAUUGUGUCACUAUCCAUUGCUUGCUAGAGAGUGAGAAAAGGCGUGCUAACCUACAUCACGGUGCCCGUUCUCACAUGAAAGAGGGUUCUGGUUUGGAACAUCCUCCCACAGGACGACGGAGAACUGUUGCGGAGUACCUACCUAAAGACAUCUUACUUGACAUCACCUAUGCCUACGCCGUGCUUUAUCGCUUCUGUAGUACAAGUGCGAAGGAGAUGCUGGAAAAAACCGCCGAAAAGAAGCACUAUCCGGAUGGUAUUAUCAAAAGGGGUGAAGAUAGAGAAGGAAAUGCAGAAAAAGAAGAGCUAAAACGCAAACGCAAGGCAGAAUCUGAGAAACGUAGCGAAAGGAAUGCUCAUCGGUCGAGAACUGGUGAUGAUAACCGUGACCGAGCUAACGAGGAUGAAAGAGAAUUCGAUUUCUGGGACUGGGUUCUUGCAAUGCAGAUGAAAAUUCAUGGCGUUCGGCCUGAGGACAUUAAAGCAGAGGAAGAGCGACGUGAAAAGGAAAUGGUGGAACUAAA